AUGGGAAGGCUUUAUGCUAGCCGUAGGGACUGUCUUGAUCCUUUCGAAUGUGAAGACAAGAAGUGGUGGGACAUGGAUUCUGGGGAGUCAUUCCUGGGUUUUGCAAUGGUUUUGCUCUCUAUCACUCUCCCUCCCUCCCUUCUUCUCUCUCUGUUUGUCUCUCACCAGGGCCACAUCUUUGCUUCUUCAAUUCUAAACACCAAGGCAGUCAAAAAGUAUGUAAAGAAUGUUACUUUGAUUAGAUUCUACACAGUUUCAGCUCUUGGUCAAUUGAAUCCCACUUUGUCAAACUCUGAUACAGAAGAGCAAACAGUGAAAACCCAUGACCAAAAUCACUUAACUACAAGCCAUUCUUUAGAGCUAGACAGAGUUAAGGUUGCUGAAGCUUUGAACAGUUUGAGAAAAGAGCCCUUAGCUGCAUUUUCACUGUUUAAGGAGUUAAAACAAGAGGGGUGUUCUCAUGAUGUUUAUGCAUAUGCUGCUAUUGUUAGAAUCUUGUGUUGCUGGGGUAUGGGUAGGAAAUUGGAUUCCGUAUUGUUGGAACUUAUUAGGAAAGAGAGAGGUUUGGAUUUUGAAAUUGUGGAUUUUUUUCGAGCUCUGGGGGAGGGGGUUGAGAGUGAGUCUUGCAAUGUUCUUGCUCGAGUGUCGGAUGCAUUGGUUAAGGUUUAUGCUAAGGUUGAAAUGUUUGAUGAGGCUAUUGAUGUUCUUUUCCAAAAUAAUAAGGGUUGUGGAUUCGUUCCACAGAUACUGUCAUGUAACUUUCUCAUGAACCGGUUGAUUGAGUGUAGGAGAGUGGACAUGGCUGUCGCCAUUUAUCGGCAUUUAAAGAGCAUUGAUUUGAGCCCUAAUGAUUACACAUAUACCCUUGCUAUUAAGGCAUUUUGUGUGAGAGGCAGUUUGGAGGAAGCCGUUGAUGUAUUUUGUGAGAUGCAGGAAGCUGGAGUGACUCCAAAUGCUUUUGCUUACACCACGUAUAUCGAAGGGCUUUGUAAGCAUCAGGGGUCGGAUUCAGGUUUUAAGAUGCUCCAGGCAUUGAUAAGCGCAAAGGUUCCAAUAGAUGUUUUUGCUUACACAGCUGUGAUUCGUGGGUUCUGCAAAGAAAUGAAAUUGCAAGAGGCAGAGAGUGUCUUGCUUGACAUGGAAAACCAAGGCUUUGUACCAGAUGUUUAUAUCUAUGGUGCAUUGAUUUGGGGAUUUUCCAAGGCUAGGGAUUUACAUAAAAUGUUGUCUCUUCAUGAUGAAAUGGAGUCUAAAGGUAUCAAAACAAAUUGUGUGAUUCUGAGCUCGAUUCUUCAAGGAUUACUUUGUAUGGGUGGGGCUUCUGAAGUGGUGAGUCAGUUUGAUAGAUUCAAGGAGAUGGGAAUAAAACUUGACAAAGCUUGCUAUAAUAUAGUCAUGAAUGCUUUGUGCAAACUGGGAGAAAUGGACAGAGCAGUGGCAUUGCUCAUUGACAUGAAGGUUGGUGCGUUUUCUAGAAACGGUCUUGUACAGAAGGCGUUUAAACUUUUGAAUGACAUGGAUACUUGGGGUUUGAAACCCAACAUGGCCACACACAAUAAGACCAUUGAAGGCUUCUGUAUAGGGGGUAAGGUGGAGGAUGCUGAAGCGUUUUUUGAUAAUCUGGAAGAGAAGUGCUUGGAAAAUUACAGUACCAUGGUCAAUGGUUACUGCAAGGCAAACCACACAGAUGAGGCCUUUCAACUGUUUGCCAGGCUGUCCAAGCAAGGAUUUGUAGUGAAUAAUGAUUCCUGCUUAAAACUACUUUGUAAUCUCUGCAAAAAAGAUGAUUACAAGAAAUCUCUCUUCUUGUUCAGCACAAUGCUGGCCAUGGAUGUAAGUCCUGGCGAAAUCAUGUAUAGUAAAGUCAUAGGCUUGCUUUGCCAUGCCGGAGAAAUGGGAAAGGCCCAGCGAGUUUUUGAUGUUGCGAUCACCAGAGGGAUAAAUCCUGAUCUGUUUACUUACACAUCCAUGAUAAAUAGUUAUUGCAAGGCGAAUCGUUUGAGGGAGGCCUGGGAUCUUUUGAAUGAUAUGAAGAAAAGAGGGAUUGAACCUGACGUUGUCACUUAUACUGUUUUAAUUGACGGUUGUUCAAAAAUAAAGGACAUUUUAGCUUUUUGGAGGGAGAUGAAGGAUAUGGAUGUAGAGCCUGAUGUUAUAUGUUACACUGUUCUGAUUGACAAGCACUGUAAAAUGAACAACAUUCAGGAUGCUACAAGCCUUUUCAAAGAAAUUAUUGCCAGAGGAUUGAAACCCGAUACUGUGACAUACACAUCCCUUUUGUCUGGAUAUUGUAAAACGAAUGACAUUCAAGUUGCCACAAGCCUUUUCAAACAAAUUAAUGAUAGUGGACUGGAACCCGAUUCUGUGACAUACACAGCUCUUUUAUCAGGAUACUGUAGCAUAGGAGAUAUAGAUAGGGGUACAGCCCUUGUUAAUGAAAUGAAAGACAAGAGGAUACAGCUAGAUGGCCAUGCAAAGGCCGUCAUACAUCAUUUGAAUGCGAGCAAAUUGAAGUUUCAGCAUGAAGGAGGAAUAUUUCACCAUCAGUUAGACCAUUUGUUUUCAGGGUUUUGUUUGGGAUUUGGGUGUGACUGUUAUCGAUUUACAAUUCGAUUUUGGGAUAUUCUGAUGAUUGAGAAAUUGAAACAAGGUGAGGUGGAGAGAGGAGGAAUGGCUGAGUUUUGCUGGUGUGAUAGAGCCCAUGAGGCCUGGGGAGAUGAAUUUAUCUUGUUUGCUAUAUAUUUUCAAGUGAAUGAGGAAGUUGUAAAUUCUGUCUGUGUGACAAUGGAUCACAUGGUUGAACUACAUGUGUUUGAUGUUUAUUGGAAAGCUCAAUUGGGGGGUGCAGCACAACCAUUGUCUUAUGUUCCCUGGCUGUUCAGGAAUAUUAUCGUGAACACUAGUGGUGUCGAUAUCAACAUGAAUGAUCUCCUUUUGAAGCCCCUGAAGUUAUGCAGGAUCUGA